AGUCUGUCACACUUUCCCACCCUCGUUCACUGUUCAUCUCACGAGUAGCAACGUUCAGCCGCACCGCAGGUAUCAAAAAGAGUGAGGAUAAACGGAGACAGCACAACAACUCACGGCAUGAAACAAAUGUGAAACCUUCACGAUUAUCGGGAGUAUCUUUCCCAAGAACCUCACAGGCUACAUUUUAUUGUCUCCAACGAGGAUUGUGUGAUUGUUGAAAUAUGGAAACGGCUGCUUCAAGAGGCUUCCUAUUGUUCGCACAGCUCUUGCUUGUCUGUCAAUUCGCUCAGCUGGUUGAAGGAUACGGAUACCGAGCCCAGCGGAAAUUCUCUGAUGACAUCGAGUGGUCCUACGCGGGGACUCUGAACCAAAAUAACUGGGCCAAGAAGUACCCAUCGUGCAACAACGCCAAACAGUCACCCAUCAACAUCGAGGAGGAGCUGACACAGGUCAAAGUUCAGUUCCAGAAGCUUCAUUUCGAGGGCUGGGAGGAGGAGACAUCUGACAGGUCCACCAUCAAGAAUGACGGCAAGACAGUGGCAGUGAUCCCAGACGGGGACUUCUAUAUCAGUGGAGGGGGGCUGAGAGACCAAUUUAAAGUGGGAAAAGUCACCUUUCACUGGGGGCGCUGCAACGCAUCCUCAGAGGGCUCCGAACACAGCCUUAAUGGGGUGAAGUACCCCCUGGAGAUGCAGAUCUACUGUUAUGAAGCGCAUCGCUUUGAGUCCUUAGACAACGCCAUCAAGAAUGGGGGUCGGAUCACAGCUCUGGCUGUGCUAUUUGAGACAAGCGACGAAGAAAAUGAAAACUACAUGGCCAUUAUCGAUGGAAUCAACAGUGUCAGCCUAUUCGGUAAGAGUGGGACAGUGGGCCCGUUCUCUCUCCAGGGCCUCCUGCCCAAUUCAACUGAAAAAUACUUCACCUACAACGGCUCCCUCACCACACCGCCCUGCACAGAGACUGUGGAGUGGAUUGUCUUCAAGAAUACGGUGGCCAUCUCCGACACGCAGCUGGAGAUGUUCUGCGAGGUGAUGACCAUGCAGCAGGCGGGCUACGUGAUGCUGAUGGACUACCUGCAGAACAACUACCGGGACCAGCAGCAGCAGUUCAUGGGCCAGGUCUUCUCCUCCUACACUGGCACAGAGGAGGUCCUCACUCCCGUCUGCAGUUCGGAGCCGGAGAAUGUGCAGGCUGACCCUCAUAACCUCACCAGCCUGCUGGUGAUGUGGGAGCGGCCGCGGGCGGUGUAUGACGCUGGGAUAGAGAAGUACGCAGUGACCUACAGGCUGGCCCAGGGAGACGACCAUCUGGCCUUCGAGUACCUAACCGAUGGAGAUCAGGAUGUGGGGGCCAUACUGCAGGACCUGGUGGCCAACACAAGCUAUGCAGUGCAGGUAGUGGCCGUGUGCACCAACGGUCUGUAUGGCCGCAUGAGCGAGAAGCUGACCGUCAACAUGCCCAUCGACGACCCCGAGACCACACCUGAUCCAGAUUUUAAUGAAUUUGAAGACAAAGACUAUGGACCCUGGGCAAAAUCAGGGGAAGACCAGGACAUUGACUGGACUACCACCCCUAACUAUACGAAGACCAGGCCCACAACCACUGACCCCCCUAGGAUCCCCAUGCCUGGAAUCAGAACCACUACCCAAUCUAUCCAGAGGAGAACCAGCCCCGCUUCCAUGACACCUCAGCCCAAACGAGCCCAAAUGCCCACGGAACUGAGUGUAACUUACCGCACGGUCACCAUGCCACCAGCAGAGGGCGCUGUCUCACCAGGCAGCCGAGGCAGGGAGAGCACCCAGAAGUACAUCCCUACAGUAACCACUCCACUGUCUCACACUGACAUCACCACUUCAUCAACCAAUACGGAGAAUGGAAGAGGGGUGUCGAGCCCCGUAACCGUCCCAAACGUCACAGGCAGUCGUGUUUCCGUAGCGGCUCCUCAUCCGGAAAGCCCGACCCUGGCCAUUCCUUCACCUUUCUUCUCCCAGGGGGUCCCACCAAGGCCCACGAGCCCCAGCGUGCACUUGUUUCAGUCCACCGCCUCUUCGUUCGGUGGCAUGCUCUUGCAGACCACACAGCCGGUGUUCAACGGUGAGCUCCUCCCCUCCACCCUCCCUGUGUGUGACACGUCGAUCCCUGGCAAACCUGGCUCCACCCCUAAAAGCGGCCCCGCCUCCUGCCUGCAUGCCCCUCCCUCGUCUACACCCGUGUCAUCUGUGGCCCACCCCACUCCGGACUCCCCCCCGCAUGCUGCUACAGCACUGUUGUCUAGUGGCGACUCAUCCCUGCCUGCCUCCUCCCCCACCCUGCCUCCCACCCCUCACCCCUCACAAUCCCUGUCUGGCUGGCAGGCGGCCAUCUCUCAUAGUGUUGGUGACGGCGAUGACGAUAGAGGCGAAGGUUAUGUGUUGUCCGCUUCUUCGUCAGUGGCCCCGGGUGUCAACACUGUGUUUAGUGACACCCCCCCCCUUCCGACCUUCCCCGACCCCUCCGCCGAACGGGACCCGUCGGAGCAAGCCUUUAGUCCUCUCUCAUCAGCCUCUCUGUCCUUGCAGCCUUCGUUCCUCCUGUCCAGCGACUUCUCUUUGUCUGGGUUCAGCCCGGGCCACUCUGACUCCGGGGUCCUGGGAGACUUUAGUGUCGCCACAGGCAGUGUAGUCGAGACGUCUUUGGCAGGUGGUGGCUGCGGCGUGUUCGCGGUGGCCGGCGACGCUGCUGUGUCAUUGCGGACUUGCUCUCUGGAUGUCUCGCUGUCGUCCUCCUGGUUGCAUGCCUCUCCUCACUUCCCACUGGCCACGUCCGACUGGGGGGCGGCUAGCCUGGCUCUCUACUCCUUAGCUAGCGACUUAGACCACAAGCAGCCUUCAUCUCUGGGCUCUGCCGCCCUGUCCGUUGGUCAGCCUGUCUCCGCCUCCUCUCCUCCACUUCCUCCUAUCCCCGGUUCCUAUAGUGACCUGUCCGUUUCUGUUACAGCCACGCCGUCCAGCGCCAAGGACCUCUGGGUCUCGGCCCUCCGAACCUCUUCCCCUACAGCCUCCCCCCUCACCCCCACCCUCACCCCUGACCUCCAGACAGUAGACAGUAGUGCUUCGGGCUCCACCCCAUCAGAAGUUCAGGAGGAGCUGGACGAAGAGUGGGACAGGGUUCAAAGUUCAGUCUCGGACUCAGGGGCGAGCAAGCUCCCUUACAUCGCCACUGUCGCCCCUUCAAUCGCCUCUCAGGCCGACCCCAACGGGGACACAGAAGAGCACUCCUCUGCCUUCUACUUUGACAGCGAGAGCGGCAGUGCCAUUGCAACAGAAAUGCGGGGGGAAUCGUUGACAGUAUCACCAGUAACCAUGGCAGCACCCUGGUCAUUAGGCGGUGAGGAGGAAAGCGGUUCCGGGCAGGGUGAGAGCGCGUACGACAACGAGACGUCAUCAGACUUCAGUAUCCCAGAGCACACAGAGAGGGACUCUGAGAGGAAAGAGGAACCAGUUGCAGAGGCCAGUAACAGCAGCCACGAGUCCAGGGUGGGUCUGGCCAGGGAGAGGGAGAGGAGGGCAGUGGUCCCUCUGGCAGUGGUCUCCACCCUCACCUUCGUGGGACUCGUCAUUCUGGUGGGCAUCCUCAUCUACUGGAGAAGGUGUUUCCAGACUGCCCAUUUCUACAUAGAAGACAACUUGUCCCCAAGGGUCAUAUCGGUUUCACCAAUACAUAUGACAGCUACAGAUGAACAUGAAGCCCUACCAGUGAAGCAGUUUGUCGAACAUGUGACGAAGCUCCAUGAAACCAAUGCAUUCUCCAGGGAGUUUGAGAUAUUGAAAGAGUGCUACGAGGAGGUGCAGGCGUGCACGGUUGACCUGGGUAUUACGACAGACAGCUCAAACCAUCCAGACAACAAGAACAAGAACCGCUACAUCAAUAUCCUGGCUUAUGAUCACAGUCGAGUACGACUCUCAAUCCAGGAUGGGAAGAGCGGAGAUUACAUUAAUGCAAACUAUGUUGACGGAUUCAACAAGUCCAAGGCCUAUAUAGCAGCCCAGGGCCCUCUGAAAUCCAGCACAGAGGACUUCUGGAGGAUGGUGUGGGAGCAGAACGUGGGUGUGAUCAUCAUGAUCACUAAUCUGGUGGAGAAAGGACGGAGGAAGUGUGACCAGUACUGGCCCGUGGAGAACCAGGAAGAGUAUGGCGGUUUCCUAGUGACCAUGAAGAGCAGGAAUGUUCUGGCCCACUACACCCAGAGAAUCUUUACUCUCAGGAACAUGAAGGUCAAAAAGGGUUCCCUGAAGGGGCGCAUUAACGAGCGCACUGUGACCCAGUACCACUACACCCAGUGGCCGGACAUGGGCGUGCCCGACUACACCCUCCCUGUGCUCACCUUUGUCCAGAAAUCCUCCAAAGCCAGGACAGAUGAAAUGGGACCCGUCGUAGUCCACUGCAGUGCGGGCGUGGGGCGAACUGGCACCUACAUAGUGUUGGAUAGCAUGCUGAAGCAGAUCAAAGAAGAGGGCACAGUCAACAUCAUGGGCUUCCUCAAACACAUCCGCACACAGAGGAACUACCUUGUUCAGACAGAGGAGCAGUAUGUGUUUAUCCAAGACGUCCUAGUGGAGGCCAUAUUGAGUAAGGAGACAGAGGUGCCCUCCAGCAACAUCCACAGCUACGUAAACGACCUCCUGACCCCCAGGCCCUCCAGCAGGACGCGGCUGGAGGAACAGUUUAAGCUGAUAUCCCAGUCUAAUGCCAGGACAUGUGACCACACGACAGCCCAGAAGGAGUGCAACAGAGACAAGAACAGAAACUCAUCGUUAAUACCCGUUGAAAAGUCACGGGUGUGUCUGUCCACGGCGGCGGGAGAAACGACAUCAGACUACAUUAAUGCAUCAUACAUCACAGGGUACCGGCACAACAAUGAGUUCAUUGUGUCCCAAAACCCCUUGGUGGGCACGGUGAAAGACUUCUGGAGGAUGAUCUGGGAUCACAACGCUCAGGUCAUUGUCACACUGCCGGGAACGCUGGGAACUCCAGGAACCCCAAGCCUGGCAGAGGCGGAAGAGCCGUUUAUCUACUGGCCCCUUAAGGAGCAGCCAAUCAGCUGCAACGCGUUCACGGUGACCCUGCAGAGCGAGAACCAUGUGUGUCUGGCCAACGAGGACAUGCUGAUAGUACAGGACUAUGUCCUGGAGGCUACACAGGAUGACUACGUUCUGGAGGUGAGGCACUACCGGGCACCGCGCUGGCCCAACCCAGACAGCCCCAUCAGCAGCACCUUUGAGCUGCUCACCCUGUUGAAGGAGGAGAGCUCCUCCAAAGAGGGCCCCAUGGUGGUCCACGACCAGGAUGGUGGCGUUACUGCAGGAACCUUCUGCUCCCUGACAACUCUAGUGCACCAACUAGAAGCGGAGGGCUCUGUGGACGUGUACCAGGUGGCCAAAAUGACAAACCUUAUGCGGCCAGGAAUCUUCACUGAUAUUGAGCAGUAUCAGUUUCUGUACAAAGCCAUGCUGAGCUUAGUGGGCACACGGGAUGAUGAGAAGACACUGCAGUCCUCAGACAACAACGGAACGGUCCCAGGUGACCAAGCCAGCACGGCCGAGCUCUACGAGUCCCUGGUGUAACAUGGCAACGGGGGUUCUAACUUGACAAGAAUGGACUCUCAACGGUUUUCGCACUCCUCUGUUUUUCAGUUUUGCUUUUUUACCCUUUUUUUUGACUCUUCAGUACUUUAAACUGCAGUUUCUGACCACUGCAGAUGAUACUGUAUGAACUUGUAAUGUGUGCCUUUGUAUAUUCAUCUUCUAACAGCUUUCAAGCAAUUGUAGUCUAACUUUCAGAUAUUUUGUCAACACUGCCAUUAUUUGCUUAACUAACUGUUUUCUUAAAAUUUUGUAUUUAUUGGGAGUAAAGCAAAAAAGGGGAGAGGGAAUUGUUAAACAUUACUUUAAACCACAUUUUGCUACCAAAUUUCUUGUUGAAUCUAAGCAUUCUUCUGCUGAUUUUUUUAGUUUAGACUAUGUAAAUACUAUUUUGUUCUUAGUAACGGUGACCUUGUGAAGUCUAAAAUGCAUAAUGCCAUGGAAUAAUAAAUCUAAUAUGUAAAUAAUAUUAUAGCUACCAAGUAAAUGGACCAAAAUUCUAUUUAUACUUUUAGAUUUUUAUAUUUUACUACAGUUUUUUUAGCUUUUUUGUAACCUUUUAAUGUAUGGCUGCAUUGUAAUAAUAACUUAGUCAAAGCAUUUUUUUAAUGUUUUAAUAUUACCAUGUUCCGUAUUUUGUAACAGACUAUGAAGCAUGGGGUACUGAAACUUAUUAGCUCUACAUGAAGCAUUGCUGAAUGGUUAGACAUAGGAUUAAACAAAAAAAUCCAAGGAAGGAGUUUUUGCAGUGGUCUGUCCAUGUAUUUUACUAAAAUGAUCAAUCUAAAUCUAUUGGGUGCACUGUAUAUUAAAGGUCUAGUGCAGUAAAAACAAUGUUUCUAUAUAUCUUAUAGUUCCAAAAUACAUGGUCAAAAUGAAACAAAAAUGCAAAAAUGGCUUUUUGGGGUAGAAGUUGGGGAAAAUAAAUUCACCGGAGUAAUAGGCUUAAAUGUCCAAAUUAUGCCAAGCCAGGACUCCUGGGGAUGCAAGAACUCCCCUAGUUGUGCUCAAAUGCCUUGUUGACUGUUCAGGACACAUGUCCACUCAUUUAUUCCAUAGACAUUUGGACAACAUUGCUGAUUAUCAUGCCGACAAAUGUUCAGUAGUGUUCCAAACCGACACAAUUCUUUUAAAUAAUUGCCUAUUAUUUAGGGAUUACAAAAAAAUCAUAAAUAUUUUCUCCAUAUAACUAUUAUAUCUUUUAAAUAGCUGCUCAUCUUGUGAAUGAAUGGUUUAAGAAACUUGUAUUUACAAGACUACAUUUUAAACAAUGACACCUGUCUCCCCUCCUCCCCUUCCUUCAUCGAAUUGGAUGAGAAUAGUAGCUUGUCCACAUGAAAGAUGAGUGGCUUUAGGGUGUUGGGGAUAAUACACGUCAGAGCCAGAUGAUAGACGGACUGGCAACCAAGUUUCAAUGUAGAAGAAAAAUAUUUCCAAGUUAAAAUAUUCCCUGCAGAUGUGUUCUGGUGAUUUAUGCUGGUAUUACAGUAAUAGUUUUACACAUGGUCUCUCUAAAGCUUUAAUUCAGGUAAGGGGUGGGCAUCAUCCUACACUAUCAGGUAUGUGAGCAUAAAUAUUUUGUAUCCUCACACCCACGUUCAGACUGAGCAUUUCAAUGGCUGAUGAACAGUGACUUAUUUCUUAAAGUUACUAAAAUUAAAUUACAAACUACAUGGAACAGUUUAUACACAUUAUCCAUAAUGUUUGUAAUUUCAGAUUGACCUGGAUGCUAGCGCUUUUUAGCCUGAGGCGUGGCAUUAUGCCCUCAGGUCAGGUGCAUUGUGAAUAUAGUGUUAUUAUUGCCUCUUAACACAGUCCAUCUGACCCCAUCGUAUUAGAUUAGUAAGCAUAUUGGAAAUAACGCAUUAUCAUUUCCUGGUAAGGCAGCUAGGCUAAGCCUUAAUCAACCAGGUUUUGAGCUGUCCUCAAAAAUAAUGUAAAUAUAUAAUCCCUCAAGGGAAAUGCAUUACAAUAGAAGCAAAUAUAUUAAUGAGUAAAAAUGUGUUGGACUUCAUAUGUAAAGGCUAUUGAACGUUUCUUGAACAGAUAAAAAUAAAUCCCCACUAAAAUGUAAACUGGCCUUUCAACUAGAUAGUUUUUAUGGUCCCACAAAAUUAAAUCUGGAAGGGUUCUGUAGAUCGUCCUCCAUAAGUUUGUCACACUCAAUGUCAGAGACCGCUGGCACCAUAAAACUGAAUCUCAGUGCGACUUGUAUAUGUCUUAACAUAGUGAUCUGGCAUUUACCUAUUACUGUUGAGUUGACGAUAUUUCAAGCAUUUAAGAAUGCUAACUUAGCACUAUCAGUCCCUUCACCCCAUUGACCUGAAGUCAUAAAAUUUUUUUUAAAGAUCUGCCUCCCCACAAAGAACACAUUUGCCUCAGUAAGAUCUGACAUUAUUUAUUAUGUUAGAAAUAUUUAAAACGCUACUCCUCUGGUACCACAUCUGCAGAAAACAAAUUCACCACAUGGUGGCCAUAGAAUAGGCAAAUGUUUAUUUCUUUUCAUUUAAUUCAAUGUGAACAAAUUGGCACACAUCCUGAGAAUCUGAAUAUUGCUAACACAAACUUAGAUGCCUCUGUUAAAGAAAUAUGGCAUUUAAGAAAUUACCCUGAUUGGCCCAAUAGGGAGGUGUAUCAUUCAUGAAGGAAGACAUUUACUGUUGCCUUGGUGUUUAUUGAUUUCUUGAAAGUAUUCACCGUCUGUCUAGUUGCUGUGCAAGUCAUAAAAGAAAGUGGUUGUUAAAAAGACACUUCAAUAACUGCCACAUGAACUUCCUCAUGGUUUAGCUCAAUCAUGAGCCCCCCCAAACAAAUCUCCUCCCUCUUUCCCCCAAAUAUGAUUGGUGGGGCGUAAUCGAAGAUUUGCUAUGAUAGAUUGACCUUUCGGCAGGCCCAUGAUAAGACAUAGUUAAGAAACAAUAUGUGAGCAGAGACAGUGUCUUGAAGAAACGGGAGCAACGCAGACAGUGGAUUAUGGAUUCACAGAGACUGAGAUGCGACUCUAUGGAGUUAUGGUAUAAUCCUUUUGGAGAAUUGGAUAUUUCAAUUGAUUUUCAUGUUCUAAUCCCGUCUAAGACUCCAAAAGAAAUGCGCCUUUUAGAGGAAAAUAGGUCAAGUGUCCAGACACCGUCUUGACCAGCGGCUGUAUCCAUACCUUAAUUUGCAUUUUUGACUUCUAAUAAUUACAUGCCCAAUUAUCCAUGGCUUGGUGGCCUAGUUUGCAUGGCCGGGCCCAAAUUGAGUAGAAGGAAAAGCUGAUUGUUUUUUCAAAGAAACUGUAGUAAGAUAACUCAAUGAAACAAUGAAUUAUUUUUAACACUGUGUGUGUGUGUGUGUGUGUGUGUGCGUGCGUGCGUGCGUGCGUGUGUGUGUAUAUAUAUAUAUAUUUACAUAAAAAUAUUUGAUGGUAGCUGAUUUCUGAGACAUCUGGGUAAUGAAAUCAAAAGCAUAGCUAAUUGGUAAUUUGUGCUUUGCUGGAACCAUAGCUCAUGUCCAGUUAAAUAAAUGUUCUCAAUUUAGAUAAUGACCUAACAAUUUCGUAACGGUAAGCAAUUUAGAUACAUAAUGUACUUUUAAUACACAUUUAAUACACCAUUUUUUGACGUUAAUCUACACAAAAUAUCCUAUAAUGAUCAAUAAAAAAAUAGAGAAAUAAUUUAUUGAGAAACAUUUUAAAGAAAAUCGUUAAAGUAUUGACGAGUUCCCAAGAACAAAGUGGGCUCUUGGGAAUACCCAUCAAGACCCUUCCUUGAGCUGGCCGAACUGCAAAACUAAGGAACUGAGCAAGAAUGGCCUUGGUCAGGGAGAUGACCAAGAAGCCAAUUGGCCACUAACAGAGCAUCAGUUUCUCUGCAGAGACACUAUAACCUACCAGAAAGACAACCAUUUCUGCAGCACUUCAUCAAUUAGGCCUUUGUGGUAGAGUGGCUAGACAGAACCCAGUCCUUAGUAAAAGGCAUAUGACAUUUCGCCUGCAGGACUUUGAGAACAAAACAAAAAAAAGAUUCAAAAGUCUGAUUAGACCAAAAUCGUACGAUUUCAGUGCCAAGCUCCACGUCUGGCAAAAACAAAGUACCAGUCAUCACCCAGCUAAUACCAUCCCAAUGGUAAAGCAUGAUGGGGGGAGCAUCGUGCUAUGGGAAUGCUUACUCUACUGCAGGAACUGGCUGUAUUUUGCACGGUUCAUCCUUCCCCCAAAGUGGUCCUUGAAGAAAACCUGAUCAAAUUAAAGUAUAUAGCUCUCCUUUAUGAUUGAGUUCAAGAUUGUUUGCAUUGCUUAUUUUCUGCACAAUUUCAUGAACGGUGCAAAUAUCUCUUGAGUUGACUGUAUGUACACUACUGUAAACAAAGUUGGGGUCACUUUGAAAUGUUUGAAAUUGGUUUUUAAA